UCUUGUGGACAGCCAUCCCUCCUUCCCGGGCCUCUGUUUCCCAGCAGCUCUGUGGAAUGUUAGUCCUUCCGAUGUCAGGUAGUGACGUUGUGGGUGAACUGGCUCUGUAGCCGUGGCAGCGGCCGAGGCGGGCUGGCCGGGGACCGGCUGCCGCUGACCGGAGUGAAGCUACCUGCUGACAUCAGCCGGGGCCUCAGUGUGCCACCGCUACCAGGCCGGGCAGCUAAACUAUGUGCUUCUCCAGGGCGGGCACCAUGUUGCAUUCAUCUUUGUACCCCCGGCAUCUAGCAGUGUUGGCAUAUAGUAGGCACUCAAGAAAUGUGUGUUGAAUGAAUGCUGCCUGUGACAAGCAACUGGACUUUAUUCUUUCCUGACCCUUGCUCCUAUGACACACCUCCUCCCGACUGCCACUGUCACCCCUUCUGAGCAGAACUUCUCUAGGGAACUCAAGGGAAACAGCUAUGGCCAAGGACAUCCUGGGUGAAGCAGGGCUGCACUUUGAUGAGCUGAACAAGCUGCGGGUGCUGGACCCAGAGGUGACCCAGCAGACCAUAGAGCUCAAGGAAGAGUGCAAGGACUUUGUGGACAAAAUUGGCCAGUUUCAGAAAAUAGUUGGUGGUUUAAUUGAGCUUGUUGACCAACUUGCAAAAGCAGCAGAAAAUGAGAAGAUGAAGGCCAUCGGUGCUCGGAACUUGCUCAAAUCUAUAGCAAAGCAGAGAGAAGCCCAACAGCAGCAACUUCAAGCACUAAUAGCAGAAAAGAAAAUGCAGCUAGAAAGGUAUCGGGUUGAAUAUGAAGCUUUGUGUAAAGUAGAAGCAGAACAAAAUGAAUUUAUUGACCAAUUUAUUUUUCAGAAAUGAACUGAAAAUUUCACUUUUAUAGCAGGAAGGCAAAGCCCGCUCCCUAAACCAAAACCCCCGUGUGCCACUCCAGCAACUUGACUAAUGAUCUAAAAGCGUGUCACCGUGCGUGAGGAGCGCAGCCCUCUGAAGGCAGCACUGCGAGGCUGAGGGGCUCAUUUUGAGCAUCAGUGCACAGCUGCCACCGGUGGCCACGUGGGGGGGGGGGUCUCACCUCUUGCAUUCUUAGUUUGAACUAAGCAGACUGUAAGCUUUCAUCCUUUUUUUGUAAACUUACAAAGCUUUGGAAAGAAAAGCAAUAAAUUGUUUUCAAAUGGCUCAAUUUACCUUUUUUCCUUGAAGUAUGUUUAACCCUU